AUGGAGGAAUUACGAGGAUAUUUAGAAAUAGAUAGACCCCAUCAACAACGCUUCCUAUAUCCGCUUCUAUUCCAGGAGUCUAUCUAUGCACUUGCUCAUAAUCAUGGUUUAAAUGGAUCAAUUCUUUACGAACCCAUGGAAGAUUUAGGUCAUGACAAGAAAUCCAGUUCACUAAAUGUAAAACGUUUAAUUAUUCAAAUGUAUCAACAGAAUCAUUUCAUCAUUUCAUUUAAUGAUUCUAACCAAAAUAGAUUUCUUGGGCAUAGCAGGAAUUCUUAUUUUCAAAUGGUAUCAGAGGGUUUUGCAGUAAUUGUGGAAAUUCCAUUCUCGAUGCGAUUAGUAUCUUCCCUAGAAAAAGGAUCUGAAUCUCAUAAUUUCCAAUCUAUCCAUUCAAUAUUUCCGUUUCUAGAGGACAAACUUUCAUAUUUAAAUUAUGUGUUAGAUAUACUAAUACCCCACCCAAUCCAUCUGGAAAUCUUGGUUCAAAGCCUUCGCCAAUGGAUACGAGACCUUCCUUCUUUGCAUUUAUUGCGGUUUUUUCUCCACGAACAUCAGAAUUGGAAUAGUUUCAUUACUACAAAUACAAAGAAAUGCAGUUCUUUUUUUUCAAGAGAGAAUCAAAGAUUGUUUUUGUUCCUGUACAAUUUUCAUGUAUAUCAAUUUGAAUCCCUUUUCGUUUUCCUACGUAAACAAUUUUUUCAUUUACGGUCGAUAUCUUUUGGAUCUUUUCUUGAACGAACACAUUUCUAUGGAAAAAUAGAAAAUUUUGUAGUAUCCAUGCGUAAUCAUUCUCAGAAUAUUUUAUGGUUGUUCAAGGACCUUUUCAUGCAUUAUGUUAGAUAUAAAGGAAAAUCAAUUAUGGCUUCAAGGGGUACUUAUCUCCUUAUGAAUAAAUGGAAAUCUCACCUUGUCAAUUUCUGGCAAUUCCGUUUUUACUUCUGGUCUCAACCGGGCAGAAUCCAUAUAAAUGAAUUAUCCAAUCAUUCCUUCUAUUUCCCGGGCUAUCUUUCAGGUCUACGAUUAAAUCCCUCGAUGGUAAGGAGUGAAAUGCUAGAGAAUUCAUUUAUGAUAGAUGCUGUUAUCAAGAGAUUCGAUACAGUAGUCCCAACUAUUUUUCUUAUUGGAUCCUUGGCUAAAGUAAAAUUAUGUAACGUAUCAGGGCAUCCUAUUAGUAAGUCGGUCUGGGCCGAUUCGUCAGAUUCUGAUAUUCUCGAUCAAUUUGGGCGGAUAUGCAGAAAUCUCUCUCAUUAUCACAGUGGGUCCUACAAAAAACACAGUUUGUGUCGAAUAAAAUAUAUACUUCGACUUUCGUGUGCUAGAACUUUGGCUCGUAAACAUAAAAGCACGGUACGCGCAAUUUUGAAAAGAUUAGGUUCGGAAUUCUUGGACGAAUUCCUUACGGAGGAACAAGAGAUUCUUUCCUUGAUUUUUCCAAAAACCCCUUUCCAUAGUGGACGAAUUUGGUAUUUGGAUAUUAUCCGUAUUCAUAGUCUGGCCAAUCAUUGA